UAAUAUUCAAAGAGCCUGGUGUCCUGUGGUCUUCCUUAAUAACAACCCACUUUCAAGAGCCUAUAAUCUACUCAACAGAAAGCCUUCUAUCAAAGGCCUUAAUCAGAUUCUGAGAAAAUUCACACACAAAAUAAACAAGAGGUCACUAAACCUCAAACAAUCAGGCAUUAGCAGCUUUACAAAAGGCUAGAUGAGUCAAUUCUAAAUGAUGAAAAGAUAAGUCCUUCAAGUGUUUUCUAUUCAUGUGGAAACAUAUAAAGGUAGGGAACCAUUUGGCCACGGGCAGAGUGCGGAAUUCUUCAUUUUACACAUUUGGCUUUAUGCAAGCAUCGAACUAAGGAUGGCAAAAAUGAGUCUCUCUUCCUACAUAUUAAUGCUGACUUUUUCUUUGUUUUCUCAAGGUAUUUUACUUUCAGCUUCAAAGUCCAUAAGAAAUGUAGAAGAUGACAUGGUAUUUAAUACAUUUAGGAUGGGAAAAGCCUUUCAGAAGGAGGAUACUGCAGAAAGAUCAGUUGCUGCUCCUUCUCUGGAACAAUAUAAAAAUGAUGACAGCAGCUUCAUGAACGAUGAUGAAAACAAAAAUUCAAAGAGCACAGGCUCCAAACAGAACCUCAUAAAUCAUGGUCUGCCACUGAAUCUGGCUAUCAAACCUUAUCUCGCUCUGAAAGGAUCGGUAGCUUUUCCAGCUGAGAAUGGAGUUCAGAAUACUGAGUCAACACAGGAAAAGAGAGAAAUUGGGGAUGAAGAAAACUCAGCUAAAUUUCCUAUAGGAAGGAGAGAUUUUGACAUGCUCAGGUGUAUGCUGGGAAGAGUCUACCGACCCUGCUGGCAAGUCUGAAACCUGUUGGUCCACAUCAUCCCUUCCGAAGAAAAUAACUCAUUGCAAGUGGAGAGCAAAGCCCUUAAUGUUGAUAUGACUUAUGCAUUAUCCCAAAUGUCUGCUUUUAAAUAGAUAAGAUACUUAAUCAUCUAAAUGAUGUGCUUUGACUUGUGCAUUAAACUUCAUAGAUUCUGCA